AUGUCCAACAAAAACCACUCGGCGUCUGUUUCCCUACCAUUCUCGGGCCUUAGAAGGCGCUGGGAGGUAUGGGUACGUGGACAAAUCAAUGAGCGCGGUGGUGACCGAAACGUGCUCUCGGACGAGAAUUCUCCGACAGAGAUCGAACGGUCCCUCAUUUACCUCGCCGAGCAUCUUCCUACCGUCAGCGUCGAAGAGCUUGGACGCGCCUUCAGUAUAGCCCAAAACAUCGUGUACUAUGCGACACCCAAUCAAGAACCCUCCGACGCAACGAUGCCGAACACUCUAACCGAGGCUGAGUCGAAGUCUAUUCGUGAUGAGCGAGAACAUGUCUUCUCCCAAAAAGGCAUGUCCAUCAUUAUCGCCACUGUCUCUCUGGCCGCGUUCCUCCAGGGUCACGUCCAAGCCUCGAUCAACGCGGCCGACAUCUACGCGAUGGAUGGCAGAGACCCUCUACAUCUUCCCGAGGGGAAUAGAACGUGGGCUUCUGGAGCUAUGAAUUCAAUGCCGUACUUCAUAGCGGCUCUUCUUGGCUCACCACUUUCACUCCCCAUCAACAUCUGCAUUGGUCGUCGCGGUGCCCUCAUGGUCUCCGCCUUGUUGAUCAUUGCAAGCUCCAUUGGCUCUGCAUUUUGCCAGACAUGGGUGGAGUUGCUACUGGUUAGGAUCAUCGCCGGUGUUGCGAUGGGUAUCAAAGCCGUCAGUGCUCCUGUACUAGCUUCCGAGACAGCGGUCAGAUUCUGGAGAGGCUCUAUCGUAUUAGCCUGGCAACUCUGGGUUGCAUGCGGUAUCCUCGUUGGGUCUAUCAUCAACAUUGCAAUCGCCAAUGCUACAGGAUAUCUUCACGAAGGAGAAGACCGGUCCAGAUUAGCCCUGCGUCUCAUUCUCGGUGCCCCAGCUGUCCCAGCACUAUUCUUGAUCUUUGCAGUCGCCAUGUGCUACGAGAGUCCACGAUACUAUAUGCGUUCCGACACUCCUGGGUACAAUAUUGAUCGAGCUUUCAGUAUUCUGCUCAAGAUCAGAUCUCAUCGUCUCUUGGCCUUACGCGACCUCAUCCUCAUCUGGUGGCCAAACCGACCCGAGAGGACAGAACCUGACAACAACAGGCCAGUGCCUGAUAACACCAGACAUGAUGGUCUAACAUAUAUGGGACGCGUGGUAGUAUCUUUGAAACUAUCAAUGGUCCAGUAUUCGACUCUAUUCCAAGAAAGGUACUUGAGAAAUGCAGUGUACAGCACCUGUAUAGUCUCGCUGGCACAACAGCUCUGCGGCGUCAAUGUCUUCGCGUUUUAUUCGAACAAGAUUUUCAGCGGAGCAGAUGACAACCUCAAGGUAACCCUAGCAUACAGCAUCGGGUUUGGUGGCAUAAACUUUUUCUUUGGGCUCCUCGCCAUGAGGUCCAUUGACACUUUAGGUCGCAGGCGAUGGCUACUGCUGACACUUCCUCUCAUGAGUUUGUUUCUUAUGGCGGCAGCUAUUGCAUACAACGACAGCUCCUCCAGCAGUGGAGAGGCGAGAAAUAUAGUGGGGACGGUCUUUGUAUAUUGCUUCGUGGCUGCUUAUGCCCCUGGCCUAGGUCCCAUCCCGUUCACCUUAGCUUCUGAAAGUUUCCCCUCAUCACAUCGCGAAGCAGGUCCCUCAGUAGCUAUCACUGUGAACCUCUUCUUUGCUGGUUUGCUUUCGAUCCUGUUGCCCGAGAUCUAUGAUGCCCUUGAUACAAGAGGCACACUCGGCGUUUUCUCUGGUCUGAACGUUAUCGCAUUCAUCCUUGUCCUCUUCUUGAUAGAAGAGACUAGCAGCCGGAACUUGGAAGAUCUCAAGAUAGUCUAUGAUCGUCCAAAGAGUCAACUGAUAACUUGGGUGUGGGACGAAGAAUUGCCCUACUUUGUACAAAGGUACAUUCUCUUCAACCGAAAUGCUGAUGAGCCUGUGCCUUACGACAGCUGUGGCGGGGACACACAUAAUGGCGAUCCUUAUAAACUAUAG